CCAGGCUCUCUGCGCCGUGACAUCACGGUCCGGGCGGGCGGGUUUUGCGUCGGCCCAAUGGGAGCGGCGCGCCGGCCUCUCCUUUAAGGAAUGUUGUGACCUGACGUCACCCGGGCGAGUUACCUCCCCGAGCCGCCACCGCCGGGCUCAGCGCGAGCCCGGAGCCCUUGAGUGCGAGGCGCGGAGCCCGCGGAGCCCCCGAACCGCAGCCACAUCCCCGCGCCGCGCACCCCGGAGCCUCGGCCUGCGCGCCCCGCCGGGCCCGCGCGAUGCCCUCGGACCGGCCUUUCAAGCAACGGCGGAGCUUCGCCGACCGCUGUAAGGAGGUGCAGCAGAUCCGCGACCAGCACCCCAGCAAGAUCCCGGUGAUCAUCGAGCGCUAUAAGGGUGAGAAGCAGCUGCCUGUCCUGGACAAGACCAAGUUCCUGGUCCCGGACCAUGUCAACAUGAGCGAGUUGGUCAAGAUCAUCCGGUGCGCGGGCAACAGCUGUCAGAGGGGGACUUGGGUCCUGCUGGGGUCGGGCGGGGGGCUGGGUCCUUCUGAGAAGGUUGGGAAAGGUCAAGGUCAAGGCUGGGGUCACUGUCAGUGUCAGAGAUAAGAACCUUUAGAAGGGGCUGGGAUGGGUGGGGGGUCAGGGCUACACCCGCCCAGCAGCCAGGUUGCUCACAGUCGGCAUGCCCUCCUGCCCACCUCAGGCGCCGCCUGCAGCUGAACCCCACGCAGGCCUUCUUCCUGCUGGUGAACCAGCACAGCAUGGUGAGCGUGUCCACACCCAUCGCCGACAUCUAUGAGCAGGAGAAGGAUGAUGACGGCUUCCUCUACAUGGUCUACGCCUCCCAGGAAACCUUCGGCUUCUGAGCUCGCAGUAGGGGGGGUUGGCCUGGGAGUAGGGGGCCCUGUCAGGCUCUGCCCAGGUAGCUCCUGGCUCCUGAAGUGAGCUGCCUCUGCCCCUGGUGGGCUGGGCAGGGAUGCGCCUCCUAGCCAGGAGCACCAACCAUGCCUACUCUGCCCCUGGGUGGAUCCUGGGCCAGUCAUGUUAGGGUUGCCCCUCUGGGUGCUGGCUGGGAUGGGGGAGGGUGGGGAGCAACCCCCGGCACCCCUACUGUGUGAUUUGUUUUUUUUUAGGCCCCUGCCUGUCUGCCCAUCUGUCCCUCCCCUGCCUGAGGCGCUGCCCCCUGCCUGGACCCGCCCACCCUUGAAGGACUGGCCCCUGGCUCACCCAGUCUUGACAUGGUGUAUGGAUCUGUGGUCAUUGUCCCUCUGCAGAAUAAAGAUUGCUCAGGCCUGCCUGGC